AUGAUCGGUAGGGUUAUUUGACGGCUUUCGGGCGGGCUUUAGGGCACAUUCCAGAAAUGCCACGUCACGUGUCCACUUUGACGUCUCCAGGGAAGAGUGUGAAUCGCAGCGAAGAGCCACCGUACUCUUUAUCGUCUUCUGUUUGGUUCGGUUGAUUUCGAACAAAUUUGAAGAUCAAAUCGGCACUCAUUUGUUAGUUUUGGCUACGACCGAGAAGUGUAGCCCAACACCGUUCAUUCGAGACUAUAUAUCUCGGCUUCCAAUAGAGACAUCAAUAAGUUGUCAACUAACAAAUUGUUCACCAAGAAAUUGUGAGCAUUUUGUCAGUUGACAACAUUUUGACAUCUAGGCCGGCAGCUGAGAUAUGGCGUCUUGAAUAAACGGUAUUGCGACACCAGAUACGGUACCCUUAAAGGCGCAUUGCAAGAAUCGUUUCAGCCUCCACACGUGCUCGGUCCGUUCCACAUUCCCGGGCCGUCACUUCGGAGCCGCGCUCGGCUUCCCGUACCUCACGAGAUCCCUUUCCAAAAGUAUUCGCGUGGCUUCUGCGCCCAUAUUCCUCGUCAUUAUUUUCACUUCAACGUCCAUCGCAUUCUAUCCCUACGCCAAGGACUUUGCGAAACUGUGCAAGUAAUCAGAAAUCAGACUUCCGGAGCAUUCGUCAACGUUUCCAAUUCAGACUGAUCUACAACGCAGUGCAAAGACGGCAUUACCUGUACAAUCGCUCGAUGAUCUCCACUUUCGUCGCAUUGUACUUUUACUUUUCAACUAUUUUUGUAAGAGAUUUCAGGUACAACCAAGUAAGAACCGUCUCAGAUCGAGCUUCUCGAUGUUUCCUUCGGUAUCUACUGCCCACAAACUAUUAUGGGCCUUCCGAUUGUGUUCCCGAACUUCAAUUUCCCAUUGUUCCUCUUCCUUCUUCACACUGCCAUUCUUCAACAUCACAAAGCGAUGCCGGCGAUCAUUUAUGAGGUGAUUUUUGAAAUGUUAGUGGGAGGGACCCGUUUUUAAUGAUUUCAGGUGAACAACGAGGACUGUUUCAUCCAGCUGAACCGUCUGAGAUGCAUCACGAACAAAGACUGUCCGCAGAUGUCGACGGCGUUCCCGCUCGACGCGCUUCCGUCCAGAACGACGACAAUCCAACGGAGAGCCUUCGACGGGCGGAUCAUUCAGAUCAGAGCCUACCGAGAACUGGACGAUAUCCUGCCGUGCAAAGUGUCGACGCAAGUACGCAAAGUGUCGACGUUCUCCUCGAGACCGCCCAUGAUUAAUCAACGAUCGUUGCCGUCGACUAUUUUGGAAUUGGAAUAG